GUCACAUGACGGACGCCGAUAACAACGCGCCUUUAGAUAACGAAAAAAUACACGGACAUUCAAGGCGUCGACACUCCGAUUGUACGAUCAUUUGAGGUUGUACUCACGUCCAGAAUGAAUAACAGACCUGUUGAACAAGCAUUGGGUACCCUGUUGCCGACCCACGCCGAUGACCUGCCUCAAGAGCUCCGCAGCUUGGCCUUAUCUCUUGUCGCGCAAUCUCGCAGCUUUUCUACUAGCCUAAGGCCCGAGGAAGAAAUCGCACGCCCUUAUGCUUGCGCCGAGAUCGCUUGCCGCCGGUGUGUUUAGCGUCCUAUCCCUGUCGCUGCACCAUAUUCUGGUUAAUUGGUACACUGACUAGCUGGUUGUGUCUAGGUUAGCUCGGGCCCUUAAACUCCCCCCUUUGAUGGGGCAUCCGCCAUGUCCUCCGCGUGCUUACAAGAAGCUCUAUGCAUUCCUUGAUCGCUCCCUUUCGAAUAGUGUAGCUGGAGUAAAGCGUGCAGGAAGCAGCUCUAUCUCAGAAACCCCUUCACGCACCGGAUCCGCUUCGUCGACCCCUACGAAAAAUUCGAAGCAUACUCGGACACCUUUGAAGACAGCAGGAACGCCGCGUAAACUCCAAAACACUACGGGCAAACCCACGCCAUUAAAGAAUUCAAUCACACAACAAGGAAGCGAAUCGCGCUCCCAGACGCCCCAGAAGCCCAAAGUUCGCUCUGAUGGCCUUCCUGGCUCUACAAUUAUUCCCGAUGCACCUGCCUGGGUGAUGACAUCUAUUCGGAGCGUGUGUAAAACGUUAUCUACACCAGCUCCACGAACGAGCACAUGGUCCCGGCCUCCCAUUUCGAGAACCCUACCACCUCAUAUUUUUGCCGGUGUAUCAUCCAUCCUAUAUUUCAUUUCACGGGUUUCCGCCCAGGAUGAGGAUUAUUUCGACGAAGAAACCCUAGAGUUCGUGGAGCCUAUCCUGGUUGUGAAGGAUAAAGAGAACGAUGAAGAUUAUAAAGAGGUUGUCAAUGCUCUAGUGGUAGCCGUGUAUUUUUUGGCUCUCGCCCGCAGACGAAGCUCCUUAUCCGAAGAGGAAGGGGAAACUAAGAAGCUCGACAAGAAGACCUUUUCUGAGAUGCGCCAGACUGCAUUAGUGAGCAUUGGUCUCCCUUCUACUGAGAGACGACAUCGUGAGGAUGUCGACCAGUGGAUCGCAGUGAUAAUGCAACAACGCUGGGCCAAUGGGAAUGAAUGGUUUGAAAACAUCCCGCAGGCUGGAGAACUGGACGGCGACGAUGCAUAUCUUUCGGAUGAGGACGGCUACGGCGAGGGUGAAGAACGGGCUAAAGGCACCAAACGGCAAAAGACAACGAAAUCGGGUCGCUCGCUGGCCAAACACUCCUCAAGAAAGGGCCUUCUACCGGGUCUUGGGACCAUGAUGCAGGAUCGUGUUGAUUGGUUAAGCGACGAUCGCAAGGAAGACUAUAUUGAGUGGAAGGCAACAGUCCUGGCACGAAUUGAGCAGGUUCAAAAGACUGCAGCGCAGCAUUUUGGCCCCUUGCCUGUCUGAUAUAUACUUCUUCCGGGUAACGGGUUUGGAGGAUAGGAGUUACUAAAGGCGAGUGUCGUUCUUGUUUCCUUACUUUUCCAUCGUGUUUU